GUAUCGGCAGAUGAAUACUUAAAAAGACAGACAUCCAGCGACAGAAACCACUUUUCUUCUUUUUUUCUUCAUCCUCCACCCUCUCUCUUCUUAAUCAUCCACAUCAAUCAAGAUGACUGCCUCUUCUCACGUCGAGAACUACGACCAGUCCACGUACUGGACUGCUCCUGCCCGCAACUUCCGGUCCUCUGCUCGCCUGCACCUGCAGCACUUCCUGUACCAAAACACCCUCGGCUAUCUCUUGGAGCCCUUCGUUGAGAAGGCCGUGACUGCCGCGCAGCAGCCACUCAAAAUCGCUGACCUCGCCUGUGGUAACGGGAUCUGGCUGACCGAGCUGCACACCCAGCUGGCGAAGAAUAAUGUCACCGCCCAGCUCGAUGGCUUCGAUAUCAACCCCGUCAACUUCCCGGCCGCUGUCUACCUACCCGCUGGCGUUUCACUGCAGCAGCUCGAUAUUCUCGCUACACCACUUCCUGCCAAGCUCCUGGGUACCUAUGAUGUCGUCCAUAUUCGCGCCUUCGCCAGCCUAGUGGGCCCGGACUCUGACCUUACCCCGAUUCUGACUGUAGCCUCCUCUCUUCUCAAACCCGGCGGCUACCUCCAGUGGGAGGAAAACCGCGGGGACCUCUUUCUCGUCGAGGCACCGACUCCAGAAGUUUCUAAGACUGCCUGCGAACGUGUUUCCCAAGUACUUCAGGGUGGGCUCAAAGCAAAGGGAAUCAGUAACGCCUGGGUGGAUACACUUGAUACCCAGUUGAUGCAGUUCGGUCUUCAAGAAACACGUCGUCUGGCCCAUCAUAAGCGCCCGCAGGAUUAUAAGGGCUGGACUGAGGAUUACCUCAUGGUAUGGGAAGAACUGGCUGCUUUGUUUCCGCCCAAGGCUGAUUCUCCUGAUGCGCCUCUCUCUCGCGAGGCCUGGGUUGCUAUGUUUACCGCCGCUGUUAAGGAGACAGAACAAGGCGUCGUCGUGCAUCAGCGCCAGAUUGUGACAGCGGUUGGGCAGAAGCCGCUUGCUUGAAACACUUUCUUGUGUUAGAAAGACAAAGAAAAAUACUUCUGUAUCUAGACUUAAACCCGGUCGGAUUGUAU